AUGUCUGCGGCGGUCAUUUUAGCCGCUGUCCUUGGCGGUGGGGUUCUCCUCAUUGCCCGGAGAAUACUCUCCAGGCGGAAAGCGCUGAGAUCACGGAGCUACCCAGCUAGUCUGAUGCGCGGAAAGACUGUGAUAGUGACCGGGGCGAACAGCGGCAUCGGGAAGGCGAUGGCGGCGGAGCUGCUGAAGCUGCAGGCCCGUGUGAUCAUGGCCUGUCGGGACAGGAAGAGGGCUGAGGAGGCGGCCCAGGACAUCAAGAAUCAAGCCGGUGCGAAUCAGGGAGAGGUCGUGAUCAGACACUUGGACCUUGCGUCGCUCCAGUCUGUGCACAGCUUCUGCGAGGAAGUUAUCAGGGAAGAGCCAAGGAUUGAUGUUCUUAUCAACAACGCUGGUCUCUACCAGUGUCCAUACAGUAGGACAGAAGAGGGCUAUGAAAUGCAUUUGGGAGUAAACCACCUGGGUCACUUCCUUCUGACAAAUCUUUUGCUGGACCUCCUGAAGCAGUCGGCUUCCAGCCGUAUCAUCGUGGUCUCAUCCAAGCUCUACAAGUAUGGCAGCAUCAACUUCGAGGACUUGAACAGCGAACAGAAUUACAACAAAGCUUUUUGCUACAGCCAGAGCAAGCUUGCCAACCUACUAUUCACUCGUGAGCUGGCACGCAGGCUGGAUGGUACUGGGGUAACUGUAAAUGCCCUCACUCCAGGUAUCGUAAGGACCAGAUUGGGCCGGCACGUCAACAUCCCCCUGCUGAUUAAGCCUCUUUUUUUGCUGGUCUCUUGGUUGUUCUUCAAAAGCCCACUGGAGGGUGCUCAGACCCCACUGUACCUGGCAUGCUCGCCUGAAGUUGAGGGUGUGUCUGGAAAAUGCUUCUCUAAUUGCGAAGAAGAACAAUUGCUUUCUAAAGCCACCGAUGACCUUACUGCUAAACGGCUCUGGGACCUAAGUGAAAGCAUGGUGGGUCUUAGGAGGUGAAGGGAAGAAGCAGACCUACCCUUCACAAAUGUGCCAAAUGCAAACAUCAAACAUCAGUGCAAUGGAUUUUUUGGGGAGUGUUUUUGGCCAAGUGCCUGAGGGACUUACUGGAUAACAGACAGGAAAUUAAAAUGUCCAUCUGUUCCCCGUAUCUUUGCUGCAGUGUUUUCAGAGAUGGCCUCAGGCUUGUGACUCAUUCUACUCUGUGAAUGAGAGCCUGAAAGUAUCGAGUCCGACAUAUCUCUUGAAUACAAAUGACAGGAGCAGUGAGCCCGAGAAACAUAUGGCUCAAAGCUAUCGUGAAUAUAGAAUAAUGCAAGCACCAUUGUAUAUCUCUCAGUGUAGAUUAAGUGGUGAUAUGUGUCCAAGUUAAUACAAUACAUCAAGAUUGUUGAAUCUUGUUGAAGCAAUUAAUUUGACAGAACUAUUCAUCUAUGAAGUGAACUCGUCACAAUUUAGCCUCCCAGAAUAUUCUCUUCUCAUAAUGCUGAAAGUAAACUUGGUAGCUCCCACCCUGUGACUCAUUUCAAGAUAUAUUUGAAAAUAUUUGUGACAUCCCAGUGUCCAAAAGAAAUGUAAAAGGAAACACGGUUUUCUUGCAGCUCUGCAGAUAGUGUGGUGUCACUACUCAAAUAAAAAAAAAGGGAAUCAGAGUAAUAGCUAAAAUUUCAUAUACCUCCUAUAUACCCCCAUCCGCCAUAUACUCCUGUACAUUAGCCAUUAUUGGAUCAUUUUCAUUUGCACUGGAGGUGUAGGUAGUUUACAAGCUACUGUCCUUAAUCACAUGCACUAACAUGAAAUGUUUUGAGUGUAAAUGCUGUGCUUCUGUUAUUCUCUAAAUCCUGAAUAAAUUGAAUGCUGGAAAAGAAGCCUGUCGUUUGUGGAGGAGGACCAAGGUCCUUCCUUUGUAUGCUGUCAUUCACACUGUACAAUAAGGAAACAUUUCAUGCAGGAUACAGAACUCUAAAUUAUAAAUUCUCCCCAAUACACCUCAGCAGCAAGCUUUACUCCCCAACAGGAGCAGUGUAGGAAAUAAAGGGGAGUUAAAGAGACGGGCAUUGUGCAAAUUUUGUGCUUUAUUAGAUAUAGAAAGCAAAACAGAAGAAACAGAGUCAUGCAUCAUUGUGUCAACUGACACAGGAUCCCCGCUGAUUAACAAAGAAGAGAGGGAUUGAAUCAUGAGGUAGAGAGGGCCUGAGGGAGGGGCUUACAGCACUGAGAAACAAAAGAGAGAAAACACUGAAAAGAACAAUCACCUCGGAAAUUCCAUCGCCCAACAAAACACAUCAGGAGUUAAAUAAA